GAUGUCGAAUCAUGAGUUAAAAGUCUGCUAACACCUGCCAAAGUUCAUCAAACCAGAAAAAUUUUGUAUCUUUCUUCUUCACAAAUACAAUUCACAUAACAGCAAGAAAUGGAAGAGAUAGUGCUAUCUCCACUUCUACAGGUGAUCUUUGACAGAGUAGCAUCUCCGGUGCUGCAGAAACUUGCUGAUAUGUGGGAUCUCAAGGACAACCUCAAAAGGCUACAACAAUCCUUGUUAAUGGUUCAAGCUAUUCUUGAAGAUGCAGAAGAGCAACAAGUAACCAGAAAAGCUGUUAGGGUUUGGUUGUCAAGGGUCAAGAGUGCAGCUUCUGAUGCCGAGGAUCUACUGAAUGAUUUUACUGCUAGAGCUUCUCUUGGUGUUCCUGGAGUGCCUGGUUGCAUAUCCACAUCAGUAAAUUCAAGCAAGGUCAGAAAAGCAAUUCAUGUUUUUGAAAUGAUUGCCAUGGAGGGACUUAACUUUUAUUUGAAAGAAGGGCUUAAUCUAAAUUCGAGAGAGGAUAGUGCUAAUGAUAGGAAAUAUGGUAGAAGAGAAACUAGCUCAUUCGUUGUUGAAUCAGAAGGUCAUGGAAGGGAAGAAGAUAAAGAAAAGAUCGUUCAAUUGUUAUUAUCUCGUGUAGCCAACCUAGAAGGAUACCCAGCUGUUAUACCAAUAAUCGGUAUUGGAGGCAUAGGCAAGACAACCCUUGCUCAAUUGGCAUAUAAUGAUGAGAUAGCAACACAACAUUUUGAUGUUAAAACUUGGGUUUUUGUUUCUGAAAAUUUUGAUGUGAAGAGGAUAAUGAAAGCAAUUAUCGAAUCUGCUACGAAGGAAAGGUGCAAAUUCAUAGAGAUGGAUGUAAUUCAGUCUAAGCUAUUGGAUUUGUUGCAUAAGAAAAGAUGUCUGAUUGUGUUAGAUGAUGUUUGGACUGAAGAUCUGGAUGACUGGGAAAAACUAAGGCCUUUGUUUAGAGGGGGUGAUGUUGGAAGCAAAAUCAUAAUCACUACUCGGAGUAUAAAGGUAGGAAUGAUAAUGGACUCCCCAACUUUUCCUUACUAUUUGGAGGUUUUGGAUGAGGAAGAUUCUUGGACUUUAUUCAGGCAACGAGCAUUUCGAGUAGGAGAAGAGGAAAAUUAUCCAAAUCUUUUGCCUAUUGGAAAGCAAAUUGUCAAAAAAUGUGGAGGUUUGCCAUUAGCUGCAAAAACUUUGGGAAGCUUAAUGCGGUUCAAAAGAGAUGAAAGAGAGUGGCUGUUAGUGGCAAGUAGUGAACUUUGGAGUUCAAAUGUAGAUCAUGGUGGAAUUUUACCUUCCUUGAUGUUAAGCUAUCGCCAUCUACCAUCACAUCUCAAACGUUGCUUUGCUUUUUGCUCUAUUUUUCCUAAGAACUAUGAAAUCAAGAAGGAGAAGUUAAUCCAUCUAUGGAUUGCAGAAGGAUUCAUUUUGCAGGAAGGAGAUGAACCAGCAGAAGAUAUUGGAAAUCACUACUUCAAUGACUUGGUGUGGAUUUGUUUCUUUCAGAAGGCAGAGAAAUGUGACAAUAGAUACAAGAUGCAUGAUAUAAUUCAUGAUUUGGCACGGUAUGUUGCAGGGAAAGAAUUUUUGAUACUUGAGAAAUGUCCUGCAUCAAACAAUCUGGCCCAAGUGCGUCAUUCGUCCAUUGUAUCUAAAUUCGGAUCAUUUUCAAUUCCAGAAGCCUUAUAUGAAGCAGAACAUCUGAGAACACUCAUGUUAAGAGUGGGAGGAGACUCGCAGGAAGUUCCAAAAAAAUUGUUCUUACAUUUCAGAUACUUGCUUGUGCUAGAUUUGAACAGCAGUGGCCUUACAAAAUUGGAUGAGUCUAUAGGUGGCUUGUUUUGUUUGAAGUAUCUUGACCUGUCUUACACAUUUAUCAGAAUUUUGCCACAAACUAUAAGGUACCUGUAUUCUUUGCAAUCUCUUAACCUACAUGGUUGCUGUUAUCUUGAACAAUAAGGUUACCAAGUGCUAAUCUAAGACAUCUAAUCAUUACUGAAUGUCAAGCUUUAGCAUUAAUGCCAGAUAUUCUCCCACAAGGGCUUCGAACAUUACCGAUACAUAUUUUGAGGAAAAGUUCUGGCAUACUUUGCUUGAAAGAUUUAGAUCUUCAUGGAGAGCUGAAAAUUAAGCACUUGCAGAAUGUUAAAACAAGAGCUGAUGCAGAAUCAGCUAACAUGAGAUUAAAGGAAAACCUAAAGUCAUUGGGACUAUAUUGGUGUGAGAAUGAUGGUCAACUAUACGAUAGAAUUGAUGCAGUGGAAGACAUUCUUGAAGCACUACAACCUCACCAUAAUCUGGAAGAACUACAUAUAGAAGGAUAUCCAGGAAUCAAAUUUCCAAAUUGGUUGCUUCCAAAUCUAAUUAUGGUUAAUUUGAGUAAUUGUAAAAAAUGUGAAUGCCUUCCUACACUUGGGAAUCUUUCAUUUCUCAAGAUGGUCUCUUUCUGUGGAAUGGAUGGUGUGAAAG